AUGCUUCGUUUGGUGGUUUACCUGACUGCUGUGCUCCAUUUCAGCACCUGUGGCUCAGAGGAGCUCUGCCAGGGAGAUCAGUGUGUCCUGUGCACCGUGACCGGCCCCACUGUCAUUGAUGUCCACAGCUCUGUCAGCUAUAUCGAGGACCGGUGUGGGUACACUCUGAUGAACACCUCAUCAAUCCCAGAUUUACUGAUUCACGCCACAUUCAAGGAACGACGCCGUCAAGAUGUUAGUUUUCUGGACAGUGUGAUCCUGUUUCUGGUUAAUCCAGGUGUUCAUAUUUAUCUGGAACAAGGCGGGAGAGUUCAGCUGGACAACACAACGAUGAUGCUCAACACAACUGCCCAAGUGGUUCACGGUGUGGAGCUCUCUAAGAACAAGACCGGAGUGAGCGCCAAGAUGUCCCACUCGAACUACACAGUGACGGUCUUCUUUGAUGGCUACACCGCACAGAUACACAUUAAAGGACCAAGUGGACAAGUUCCAUUUGUGGAGGGUUUAUGUGGCAACUCCAGCAUCAGUGAAGCCAGAUCCUCUAACUACAGUGCCAGCGGGUGUGAGACGCAGUACGUGGACACCACUAACAGUACGAUCGACUGCAACAAGACAGCUGAAUACUGUAAUCUCCUGAAGGAGGCGCCCUUCAACACCUCUCACAGCAACAUCAAACCGGACCCCUUCAUAACCGCCUGCAACUACACUUUGUGCAAAUAUCCUGCGGUGGACGGUCUCAAGUGUCAGUUCCUGGAGGCCUAUGCCAGAGCCUCCAGCCUGUACAUCAAUGACACACUGGCGGGCUGGAGGACAAAGGCCAACUGCUACCCUCAGGCCUUCUGUCAGGACCAGUUCUGCAGUGCUCAUGAAUUUUGCGGCGAUAACAGCACCAGUAAUGGAACCCGUUGUCACUGUCGGGCCAUAUUUGCUUCCCCUUACAGAUCCCAAAACUCUUUAGGUUAUUCGGUGGUGUGCAAUGGCACUUCUCCGUAUGCUACUCUGGUUGGUUGUCUCCUGGAGGACAGAAACAUCCACUACACUGAAUUACACCUCUAUGACAGCUCAUGCAGAGCUGAACAGGACAACGUGACCCACAUGGUGACCAUAGCCUUUGACACCGAGGCCAACCCCUGUGGGACGAUGAUCAAGAUGAGCAACGAUAGCCAAUUUAUGAACAAGAAUGGCAUCAUGGUGUCGUCUAACAACGAGGAAUUGCUCGACUUCAGCUGUCCCAUUGUUAUUCCAGAUAUAAGCUUCAAUUUCUCUAUGGAAAUCAAAAUCAAAGACAACACCAACAGCUCCACGGUCGCGUAUGCUACAUUUGGAUACUGGAACACCACUGUGACCAUGAAGGCCUACAGCGACCCCGACCGCACACAGGCUGUGGAUGCGAACAGCACGCUCCACCUGAACCAGAAGAUCUGGUUUGAGUUGAAGGCGGACAUUCUGGAUGAUCAGGUUGCUUUAGUGACGCACUCCUGCUACGCAACCAAUGAACCAUCGCCCAAUUCGAGUCUGAGAUACAACCUCAUCAUCGAUAGCUGUGCAAACCCUGCCGACAACACUGUGACUGUAGAGGGCAACGGAGAGAGUGCAUCCAACUACUUCUCCUUCAAAAUGUUCCAUUUCAGUGGGAAAUCUGGAGACGUCUUCCUGCACUGCUCAAUAAGCCUAUGUGUCAAAGCCAACGAGACCUGCACCCCGACGCAGACCGUCGCUCGCAGAGAGGAGGACUCACGAGUAGGAGAGGUGAGAGCCGUUAGAAAUGUGAGAAGUGACCGACGUGCUCCGGCUGAGCCCUCCGUCGCUCCCACCGCCCGGCCCCCCGGAGGCCGUCCUCCUCAGGGGCUGGGGGCUGUUCCUGAGCGCCAUCAGACUGGGGCCCCGGACGCUCAGGCCCCCGCCUCCGUAGCCCCCCUGUGA